AUGGAUGUGCUGAAUAAAGUACUAAACCACUACUACAUGAAUCUAAGAGGCAUACAUUAUCUAGGUUUUGAUUUCUUAUUGGAUAGGUAUCUAGAAGGAAUUCAAAGGAUAGUCGAGAUUGGUAUAUUAAGCAUGUGUAAUUCUGACACUCUUGAGACUGCUGAACACAUUAUCUUACAUUGUCCAUUUGCUAGGGAAGUGUGGUCUCUUACUCCCUAUAAAGACCAGAUUGCUCACGAUGCUAAUUUGAAUAUAUCUAUGACUGAAUGGGUUUCGAAGUGGCUUUCUGAUUCGUCUCUGAAAGAUAUAGUAGUGGAUGAUAAAUCUCUUAAUUAUCAUACUAAUGCUAGGACAGGGCUAAAAUUAGUGAAUGACACUGCACAAUACCCCAAUAGUGUCGUUACUCUAACUGAUUCUACACCUGUGCAACCUGAUGGUAUGGACUAUAGUGCUGUCACUUGUAACUUACCUGUGGAUGGUACAAUUGUUUAUUGUGAUGCUUCUUUUGAUAAACAUACUAAUCUUUCUGGAAUUGGACUGAUAAUGAACGAUGUUGCAAGGAAAUUCCUUGGGUUCAAGACCAUCUCAGGCGUAGCGAGAAACGCCGAAGAAGCUGAAAUACUUGCUGUCUUAGAAGCCAUACUCUGGGCAAAGGCGCAAGGAAAGAGCGAUGUCUGCCUUAUUAGUGAUGCGAAAGUAGUUUUAGAUUGCUUAAAUUUCAAUAAUAACCAAUUAAGUUGGUUUAACAACUCUAUUUUAGAUGAUUGUAGGUCCUUUACAGAUUCUUUUAGUUCUAUUAGAUUUGAAUUCUUAAACAGAAGUUUUACACAUUUGGCUGAUGUUGCUGCCAAACAUUGUAGAACUUUCAGGAUCAAUGGGGAAUGGUUUGGAAUGAAGCCGAAUUUCCUCUCUUUAAACAAUUUUAAUUCAAUUCUAAUCUAA